CGUUAUGCUUGUCCACUCACAGACAGCUGGAGAGAGGGAAGACGUCAUGGUUUGAUUCCCUGUGCGCUGGAAAUGGUCGUCGAUCUGACAUUACUCUGCAGAUUCCUCAGACGGGAGGUACAAUGAAGGCGGGGGCGUCGUCCAUGUGGGCAUCCUGCUGUGGCCUGUUGAAUGAGGUGAUGGGCACAGGCACCGUGCGAACACAGCAGCCGGGUUUUGGGGCGGGGGCGGGUCCGUUCCGCUUUGCCCCCAGCGCCGGGUACUCGACCUACCCCCCCACCAGCUCAGGGAGCGCUGGACAGCUGUGCAAGGCCUGUGGACUGGCCUUCUCUGUCUUCAGACGGAAGCACAUCUGUUGUGAUUGUAAGAAGAGCUUUUGCGCCCUGUGCUCGGUGCUUCAGGAGAACCUGCGCUGCUGCACCACCUGCCACCUGCUGCGAGGAACUGCCUUCCAGAGGCCUCGGCUCAUGCAGCUCCGAGUCAAAGACCUGCGCCAGUACCUACUGCUGAGGAACAUCCCCACCGACACGUGCAGGGAGAAGGAAGACCUGGUGGACCUGGUGUUGUGUCACCAGGGAGCAGGACACACCCCCGGAGCAGUGGUGGAAGAGGAGGAGGAGGAGGACGACGACGAUGAGGAGGAGGAGGAGGAAGAGACGACGCACGAGGAGGAGGAGGAGGAAGAGGAAGAGGAGGGGGAUGAUGAAGGGGGAGACGACAUAGACAAUGAGCAUUUACUCCCUCAGUCUGAAGCAGCCUCGCCCGUCUGCGCCACCAGAUCCAACUCUGAACAGUCACUGCUGUCGGCGUCACAGGGGGAAGUGAUCAGCCCCAGCAGCAGCUCAGGGACCAGCAACCAGGUGAGAGCAACACAGGAGCAUGAGGAUACCCCGACAGCAUCCCUCCUGAACCUGGAACCCACUGAAAAUAUGAUAGAGGUGAGUCCAGCGACUCAGAGGAGGAUCCGAGCGUCGCUGUCCGACCUGGACAAUGAGGAGGCCAUAGAAAACCUGUCCGUCCGUCAGCUAAAAGAGAUUCUUGCGAGGAACUUUGUCAAUUUCUCGGGCUGCUGUGAGAAGUGGGAGCUGCUGGAGCGAGUGCAUCGACUCUACAGAGAAAACCAGCAGAACAGGAAAUCCAUGGAAAAUGUGAGCAUAACUGCAGUGGUUGCAUAUCCUCCACCUCUCUGCAACAGUGGAGUUGGAGAUGGUGUGAAAGCUCAGCUGGCCUCUGAUGAAAACCUGUGUCGCAUCUGCAUGGACGCCAUCAUCGACUGUGUGUUGCUGGAAUGUGGUCACAUGGUAACAUGCACCAAAUGUGGAAAAAGAAUGAGCGAGUGCCCCAUCUGCAGGCAGUACGUGGUACGGGCGGUGCAUGUCUUCAAGUCUUAAACAUAUGUGGACGGGCGCACGUGAUCUCAACCCUGAGUUGUGACUGAAGGCCAACUGCUGUGCAUGACUUUAGCCUGAUGGUGCAGCAGGUGGAAGCUUUGUCCUGGUCCUUGAAACCAGACUUUGGCCUAACACUGUUUGUUUGUUUGUUUGUUUGUU